AUGAGGGUUUCUGCCAGCUCCGCUAGUCAGGAGCAGGCGGGCAGCACGGUACAGGUGGCAAUGGCCCGGCGGUGCGUGGCAAGGCGUGACGUGGCGUCCGUCCCGCGGGGAGGGGAGGAGGCAGCUGGAACGCUGAGCGAAAGCGAGAAGGUGGGGGCUGUGGCUUCUCCCCCGGCCGUGCGGCGAGUGGGUGGCCGGCUUGCUGGCUGCCCGUGGGAGAGGUCAGAGGGGCUUUGGGCAGAGGCAGGGUUGGUCACACCAAAGUCUUCCUCAGCUCGAACGGGCGCGGUGAGGGACCCAGAGUUCCUGUGCUGCAGGUGGGUUUGUCUUGAUGAUUGCCUACAGCAAUAUAUAAAGAACUUUGAGAGAGAGAAGAUUAGUGGCGACCAACUACUACGCAUUACUCAUCAAGAACUGGAAGAUCUUGGAGUCACACGAAUUGGCCAUCAGGAGCUUAUCUUGGAAGCAGUAGACUUGCUCUGUGCACUGAACUAUGGUUUGGAAACAGAAAAUCUAAAAACCCUUUCUCACAAACUGAAUGCAUCUGCCAAAAAUCUGCAGAAUUUCAUCACUGGAAGGAGGAGGAGUGGUCACUAUGAUGGAAGGACCAGCCGCAAAUUACCGAAUGAUUUUCUGACAUCAGUAGUGGAUCUGAUUGGAGCAGCUAAAAGUCUGCUGGCUUGGUUGGACAGAUCACCUUUUGCUGCUGUCACAGAUUACUCAGUAACAAGAAAUAAUGUCAUACAGCUCUGUCUGGAACUAACAACGAUAGUACAACAGGAUUGCACAGUAUAUGAAACAGAGAAUAAAAUUCUUCAUGUGUGUAAAACUCUCUCUGGCGUCUGUGAUCACAUUAUCUCGCUCUCUUCUGAUCCACUGGUUUCCCAGUCUGCCCACCUUGAAGUGAUCCAGCUCACAAACAUCAAGCCAAGUGAAGGGCUGGGUAUGUACAUUAAAUCAACAUAUGAUGGUCUCCAUGUAAUUACUGGAACAACAGAAAAUUCACCUGCAGAUCGGUGCAAGAAAAUCCAUGCUGGAGAUGAAGUGAUUCAAGUUAAUCACCAAACUGUG